UCUCAUAUCUCAAAGUAGAUGGUUGACAAAGUUGACAAAGUUUUUGAGUUGACUAAAUUGUCAAAAUUAAUACAUAUGCCAUGUUAUUUGGCAGCAACUUUCCUGUUUAUUGUUAUUCUGAUUUCAAAAGUUUAAGCACAGACGGCACCUACCAGAUAUAACUUUCGAAAGAACCUGUUUCAAAAACCUUGUAUUUUCCCAUAACGCGCAACCAUGGGCAACGUGUUGGCUUCUUCAUCAGGCGGACUCUUGUCGGAUUUACCUCCACCACCUGGCGCAAGCCUCCCGUCUCACCUAGUGAAGGCAAUGGAAACCGAAGCUAUAAAAUCAGAGCUGGAGAAUCCCGGUACGGUCGAGGAUCUGCACAGUCGCUGUCGCGAAAUUCAGGCUAAUGCAUUCGACGGCGCCAAGAUCAUGCUAAACAAGGGUUUGAGCAACCAUUUCCAGGUGACGCACACCAUGACCAUGAGCUCGGGAUCAUCGAAUGGCUACCGUUUUGGAGCCACCUAUGUGGGCACCAAGCAAUAUAGUCCGAAUGAGGCGUUUCCUGUGCUGAUUGGCGAGAUCGAUGCCAUGGGAAACCUUAGUGCGAAUGUGAUUCACCAGCUGACGGCACGACUGCGUUGCAGGCUCGCUACACAGUUCCAGGACUCGAAAUUGGUGGCCACACAGCUGACAAGCGACUAUCGCGGCAAGGACUACACCUUAUCACUGACCAUGGGCAACCCGGGCAUUCUUACCGGAUCUGGAGUGAUUGUGGGUCAGUACCUGCAGGCCAUUACAAAACGAUUUGCUAUGGGAAGUGAACUAGCCUACCAGUACGGUCCGAAUGUGCCUGGCCGCCAAGUCGCAGCAUUGUCCGCGGUGGGACGCUAUGACUUUGGGGAUUCUGUGGGGGCCUGCACCCUGGGGCCGUCGGGCGUGCACCUAAGCUACUACAAGAAGGCCAGCGAUCAACUUCAGAUAGGAGUCGAGGUGGAGACGAAUGUACGCAUGCUGGAGUCUACGGCCACCCUGGCCUACCAGGUGGAUCUGCCCAAGGCGGAUCUCGUAUUUCGUGGAAGCUUUGAUUCCAACUGGCUCAUUGCGGGUGUCCUUGAAAAGCGCCUGCAGCCGCUUCCGUUCUCCCUGGCCAUUUCCGGACGCAUGAAUUACGUAAAGAACACCUUUCGGCUGGGCUGUGGCCUGAUGAUCGGUUGAAUUGAGCUGACCGUAGAAAAGAGUUGUAAUAUGACGGAAAACAGAAGCUAUUUAGCAGAAAUAAGGAUAAGUUAAUAAUGUUGUUAAUGUUUGGUUUCUAAAUUGGAAAUUUAUACGUAUGUGUCGAGUCUAUGCUGUUCAACUUUAACCAAAUUAAGGAAGGAAAAUUUAAGAAUAUAAUCUGUUUUUGCGGCCUUAAA